AUGAGCUACAUGGAGAGAAAAAAAGGAACAAAACCAUUCAAUCUUGCUGUAGAUGUGGGCUGCGGUUCGGGACAAGGGACGAAUCUUUUGGCUCCGUACUUCGCCAAGGUCGUUGGAACAGACGUCAGCCCCGCUCAGCUGGAGAUGGCUGUGACCAAUAAAAACCCACCAAAUGUUUCAUACAGGGAGUGUCCGGCAGAAGAUCUACCAUUUUCUUCUGGUGAGGUGGACCUUGUGACGGCCAUGACGGCGGCUCACUGGUUCGACCGGGAGAAGUUCCUCCUGGAGGCUGACAGGGUGCUGAGGCCUGGAGGCUGCCUGGCUCUCCUGAGCUACACCAUGGACUUCGGGGUGGAGUAUGGGGACGUCCCCAACAAGACACUCAAGGACAUCUGUGAUGAGUUUUACGCUGCCCUGCUUCCCUUCCGAAAUCCCUAUAUAGGAACGAGUUCUGUAAAGAUCUACUCAGACAUGCUCGACUCCUGCUCAUACCCAGACAAAGAGUGGAAUGAGUGUCUGAGGGUAAAGAGGAUCUUGCCACUGAGCGGGUACUUCGGCUUGGUGGAGACCUUCUCCAGCUACCAGAAACUGCUACAAAAGGACCCCGCUGAGGCUGAACGUCUUUCUAACGACAUAAGGAAAAAGUUGAUGUCUGCCAUGAAGGUUUCCUCUGCUGACACAGAAGUCACUGUGGUUACAAAGUAUUUCUAUUGGCUGGCCCGCAAACCAGUCUGA